AUGACGUUGGACAGCAUCAUGAAAUGUGCCUUCAGUUACCAAAGCAACUGCCAGAAUGACAGCAGUGAGAGUGAAUACAUCAAGGCUGUCUAUGAGCUGUCCUAUCUGGCAGAGUAUCGAUUCCGAACUUUCCUAUUCCAUAGUGAUCUCAUCUUCAACCUGAGCCCAUAUGGAUUUCGCUUCCGGAGGGCACUAAGAACAGCUCAUGAACACACAGAUAAUGUGAUCAAACAACGGAAAGCAUCUCUUAAAAAGGACACUGAGCUGGAGAAGGUCAAACAGAAGAGACACCUGGACUUUCUCGACAUUCUUCUGUACGCCAAGGAUGAAAAUGGUCAGGGCCUUUCAGAUGAGGACUUGCGUGCAGAGGUGGAUACAUUUAUGUUUGAGGGACACGAUACAACGGCCAGCGGGAUCUCCUGGACAUUGUACUGUAUGGCGACACAACCUGAACACCAGAACAAAUGCCGGGAGGAGAUCAGAGAGCUCCUGGGAGGUCGGAACACUUUGGAAUGGGAGGAUCUGGGUAAGAUGCCAUACACCACCAUGUGUAUUAAGGAGAGCAUGCGCCUGUAUCCACCUGUGCCAGGAGUGGCCCGUCAGCUUUCCUCACCCGUCACCUUCCCUGAUGGACGGAGUCUGCCUAAAGUAUUUUAUGUUGUUACAGAUAUAUAUAAAAUGGUACACACAUUGUGA